AUGGAAGAAGUGAGGCCGAACGAGAACUUAUCCAAGCCGGACGCUAGUCAAGGUGAGGGAUAUCAACAUAAUGCUGUUAAUGGGAGUAAUGAUAUCAGCAGGAAUGAUACAGAGAUCAUACUACCACAAUCAUCAUCGUCCUCAUCAGCAUGUACCUCAUUUUUUCAAAGAUCGUUAUUCCCUCAAGUCCGUGAUGGUGUUCACUCUCCUUUUUCCAGUAAAUCUUUCCAUCUGCCUCACUGGUGGGAUAUCGGAGACUCACGUUUUCUCAAAGUAAAGAAGGACGGUGUUACAUAUGCCGUUCUUGUUGGGAAAACACUUGAUGACGUGCCCUAUUGUUUUCGUGUGCGAAGAGAUGAGAAGGCAAAAAAAGCCUUUUUCACCCCAAUGGCUCUUCUUUCUUCUAGUUCUGCAGUAGAAAUGAUAUCGCCUGAUUGUGAUAUCAAAGCAGCAGAGUUGGAAACACUUCCUGAUAUUGUCCAAUAUGAAAAGGGAAAAUUUCGUGCUGCACUGCAACAAAUUCUUGAUGAAUCUGGGGAAUCCUACACACCCGAGUGGUUAGAAGAUCUUGUGAAGAAUCAUACGGAAGAGGGAAGUGAGUUUCUGGUGGCUUUUCGUGCACUCCAUCCAUCUCUACACUCACCGCAAGUGAAGGAUGAUGAAAUACCAUCAUCACUAGGAGCAGUAGUUGUUGUUGAGCACAAUGCUGAUGAUGAUGAUGAUGAUAAGGAGAAGGAGAAGGAGAAGAAGGCUGAGGAAGUGGCAGAGUACUCGAUGGAGGAACACACAUCUGAGAAGAGUGUGAAUAGCAAUGAGAACUCAUCUAAUGAAGGUGAACAAUCUAUCCGUGGUAAAAUGUCUCCAAAAGAAGUAGAAGUAGAAGAAAAAGAAGAAGAAGAGGAAUAUCCACUACAUCAAGAAGAUGAAGAAGAAAAAGAAGAGGAAGAAGAAGUGAAUAGAAAUGGAUAUGGAUAUGUCAACAUACCGGAGACUUCAGAGAUGAUGACACUGGAAGAGAAUAAUUUUCAGGAACAUCUGCACACACUUCGGGAAGAAAAUGAGCGCAUUAAGAAUAAAAAUAAACGUCUUUAUGAGGAAACUAAAACUUUAAAGACCGAGAGAAAUGAAUAUCUUCUUUGUAUUGAGAACCUUCGAAAGGAACUAAUGGAGCUUACUCAUCGCAUGAAUUUUAUUGAGAAACGGUAUAAAGAUGAGAUGAACUCUUUACAUGAUGAAAUUCAUGCGGUGUCUACAAAACAAGCAGAAGUAAAGUCUACCACUCUUGCUGCGGUUGAAGAACGAGUUGAUGUUGUAUGUGAAGUGUAUGGUGAAAAGAUAACGCAAUUCCAACAACAACAAGAGACUUUACAGAAUGAAGUCCAUCAAAUAACGAAUACACUUCGGGUGUCGCAGGAACAAUCAGAAAAAUUAUUGUCCAUACUGGAACUUCGUGAAAAGCAACUAGAAACAGCACUAGAGGAAUUACGCCGCAAGGAUAGUCCUUUUUGUAAUAAUUGUCAAGAGAAAUUAAGAAACAGUAAAGAAAGCGGUGAUUUAAACACACAAUCUCUACUAAAGACUGUUACUGCAGAUGAAAAAGAUAACAAGAAUGACAACAGUGAUAAUGAUAAUGAUAAUGAUGAUGGUGAACCCCGUACAAGGAUCUCCACUCGCAAUCAUCAUCAUCAUCAUCAUCAUCAUCAUCAUCAUAAUAAUAAAAAGAGUCUCGUUGACGGGAGUAUGCAAAAAGAUAACGAAAUGAAAGGUAUGGAAGAAGAAAAUAAAACCUCCCCACUCUUAAGAAUGGGACAUUCUACCAAAAACAAGAAAUAUCAUCAUAAUUAUUUGGAACAGCAACAUCUUCUUAGUUAUCGACAUUCUUGUGGUGACACCUUUCAGUACUCGCCGUGGCGCCGGGCCCCAUACGCCGCAGUGGGGUACACAAAUGAGACACUUUAUCAUCAACACACACCAGACCGCGGUGUGGGUAUCACUACACUCCCGCCUAAAUCAUGGUGUAAGUCAAAGAGAGAACAGUUUAAAAACAAAAGUCCAAAGACACCCUUAACCGCACGGAGAUCGCAACAUCAAUCUACAACACUGCAGCAAGAAUAA